AUGGACGACAUCUUGCAUGAAUUGAGCUCACUAAUCCAGACUCAUCCCGUAAUUGACAAUCAUGCGCACAAUCUUCUCGCCGCUGAGAACGUACUCGACUAUGAGAAGUAUCCGCUAGAAUCAAUAACUUCGGAAGCUGCAGGUGAAGCCCUCAAGCAGGCACCCUAUACCCUGUCCCACCGCCUUGCUAUUAAGCAACUCGCGACACUAUUUGACUGUGAGCCAACUUGGGAGGCAAUCAAAGCUACGCGUCAUAAGCGUGUUACUUCAGACUAUCAGCAAUUAGUACAGCAAUGUCUUGAUGGGACCUACUCACUAUUGUUGGAUGAUCUGUUGACAGAACAUGACAUUGAAGAUUAUAAAUGGCACAAUCAGUUUAUAGAUUCACCGUCGGGCACGAGAAGAAUCGUGCGAAUCGAGGCCGUUGCGUCACAAAUCCUCCAUGAGGUUUGGGGCCCUGCAGCCGUACUUCUUGAAUACUCCAAAGGAAGCGGAGGAAUCCAUAGAUUCAUACGCGAAUUUUGCGAAAGAAUUAGCCAAUCAUGCUCGGACCCCAUCGUGGCUGGGUUUAAGUCAGUUAUUUGCUAUCGAAGUGGACUGAAUGUCAAAAUAGACGAUGAUAAGUCACAUUCUGAGCUUGACGAUAUGCUGUACAAUAUAGUCAUGAACGAGCCCUCGCUUCGUAUUGCAGAAAAGCGAAUGAAUGACUUUAUAUUGAGGAUGGCUCUAGCAACCAUUCGAGACACGGCAUUCCAAGAUGGCUCCAAGCCAAAGCCUAUACAGUUCCAUACUGGCCUGGGCGAUAAUGAUAUUGAUUUGGUCCUUGCGAACCCGGCGUAUCUCCAACCACUUAUCGAGAGAUAUCACGAUGUCGAUUUCGUCCUUCUUCACUCAUCGUAUCCGUAUACUAGAGAAGCCGGAUACCUUGCUUCCGUCUAUCCAAAUGUUUACCUUGAUCUCGGUGAGGUUUACUCAAUGGUUAGCAAAGACGCAGAACUUGCUAUCCUGCGGCAGAGCAUGGAAUUGACACCCACAAGCCGUCUGCUCUGGAGUACGGAUGGCCAUUUCCAUCCGGAGACAUACUGGUUAUCGAAUAGGCAAUUUAGGGAUACGCUGGAUACGGUCUUGGUUGAUCAUGUCAAACAAGGCGUACUGACCGUUUCAGAAGCCAAAGAAGCGGCCGCGGACAUACUGUUCAACAAUUCGAACAAAUUGUAUGACCUCAAGCUGACCCCACCAAAACUAGUCAAGGAGAAAGGCAAGCAUAAUACGAAUGAUCUAGCCGUUGCCACUUAUACUAGAGAUCUGGAUGAAUUGGCUAUCCAAAAUCCAAACAUGAUAGUCUGGAUGCAAUGGGUAGAUUACACGGCCACAAUCCGCGCACGCAUGUUUCCAAUCCGCGAAUUUCAAAAGAUCGUCAAAGGACAACGUCGAAUUGGCCUCACGCUGGCUGUCCUACACCUGCUACAAGACGAUACUCUUGCUCCAGGUGGUAUCGCCACAGGUCAAUUUUAUAUGAGACCCGAUCUGUCUUCUCUGCAUAAGAAUGCCGCUCUCAAGUCCAACAGUGCCACUGUGAUGACAUUUUGGGAAGACGAGAAAGGCGGACAACUGGAAGGUUGUCCACGUAUGACCCUGCAGCGGAUUGUCACCGCUCUGAAUCCAAUCCAAGUGACGUUUGGCUUUGAGAUAGAAGUUGUAAUUCUUCGACGCCAUAUAGAUGGUACCUGGAACCCUCUUACAAGAAAUCAUUCCUGGUCAAAUAUGACAAGUGAUAUUCGCCAAAAUGCUCUCCAAUUUCUAGAAGAAAUUGUGACAACUCUAGCCAGUAUAGAUAUCCACAUCGAGCAAUUCCAUGCUGAGUCCGCUCCCGGACAGUUCGAAUUCAUUCUUCCUCCUGCUUCGCCUCUGGAGGCUAUCGAUACCCUCCUCAAAGCUCGACAGACAAUCCAGAAUGUCGCGGAAAUGAAUGGUUAUCGCGCCACCCUUUACCCACGCCCAUACCCCUUCUCAGCAGGUACAGCAUCGCAUGCACAUUUCUCAAUCUCACCAACCACCGAAGAAGAGCCUUUCCUAGCCGGAAUCCUCGCCCGUUUUUCAGCUAUAACAGCUUUCUCCUUGUCGCAAGAAGUGAGCUAUGAGCGUGUUGCUUCAGGUGUUUGGGCAGGUAGUGAGUGGGUAACAUGGGGCACACAAAACCGAGAAGCGCCAAUACGCAAGAUUAGUGCAGGUCAUUGGGAAUUGAAACAGAUCGACGGGCUAGCAAAUAUGUAUCUUGCCAUGGCUGCGCUGCUUGCGGCUGGAUAUCUAGGGAUCGCGCAUUCCUUGUCCUUGACCCACGAGGAUUGUCCGGUUGAUGCGUCAACGCUGUCUACUGCGGAAAGACAACGGCUUGGUAUUACGGACCAGAUUCCGAAAACCCUGGAAGUAAGUCUGAGAGCGCUGGAGGAGGAUGAUGAUAUGUGUGCUAUAUUAGGCGCAGGAUUUGUGAUAAAGUAUAUUGCUGUAAAGCGAGCGGAGGCAAACAAGUUGGCAGCUAUGAAGGAUGAUGAGAGGAAGGCGUGGCUUAUAGAGCGAUAUUAA